AUGGGGACGGGUGAGCUCUCCCUGGGUUCUGCCGAGGAUGUUCCUCCGCAACUGGACCGGGAGGAGAGUGGCAGCGUGGGGAGCAGGGUGCUUCCAGGACGACCGCAUCGUCUUCUGGACUUGGAUGUUCUCUACCUACUUCAUGGAGAAAUGGGCACCGCGGCAGGACGACAUGCUUUUCUACGUGCGCCGGAAGCCGGCGUACCCAGGCAGCGAGGGCAGUGUGGACGGGAGGAAGCGGGCCGAGGCGGAGCCCGAGGUGGAGGUGGAGGUGUACCGGCGCGACUCCAAGAAGCUACCGGGCCUUGGAGACCCUGACAUUGACUGGGAGGAGAGUGUUUGCCUGAACCUCAUCCUGCAGAAGCUGGACUACAUGGUCACCUGUGCCGUGUGCACGCGCGCCGAUGGGGGUGACAUCCACAUCCAUAAGAAGAAAUCCCAGCAAGUGUUUGCGUCCCCCAGUAAACACCCCAUGGACAGCAAGGGGGAGGAAUCCAAGAUCAGCUACCCCAACAUCUUCUUCAUGAUCGACAGCUUCGAGGAGGUGUUCAGUGACAUGACCGUGGGGGAGGGAGAGAUGGUCUGCGUGGAGCUGGUGGCCAGUGACAAAACCAACCUGUUCCAAGGGGUCAUCUUUCAGGGCUCCAUCCGCUAUGAAGCCCUCAAGAAGGUGUACGACAACCGAGUGAGCGUGGCUGCCCGGAUGGCACAGAAGAUGUCGUUCGGCUUCUAUAAGUACAACAACAUGGAGUUCGUCCGCAUGAAGGGGCCACAGGGCAAGGGCCACGCGGAGAUGGCCGUCAGCCGCGUGUCUACUGGGGACACGUCCCCCUGCGGGACUGAAGAGGAUUCCAGCCCGGCCUCACCCAUGCACGAGCGGGUGACCUCCUUCAGCACGCCCCCUACCCCAGAGCGGAACAACCGGCCCGCUUUCUUCUCCCCGUCCCUCAAGAGGAAGGUGCCCCGGAACCGGAUCGCGGAGAUGAAGAAGUCUCACUCGGCCAACGACAGCGAGGAGUUCUUCCGCGAGGACAACGGCGGGGCUGAUCUGCAUAAUGCCACCAACCUGCGGUCUCGGUCCCUGUCCGGCACGGGGCGGUCCCUGGUUGGGUCCUGGCUGAAGCUGAACAGAGCGGAUGGCAAUUUCCUUCUCUAUGCACAUUUGACCUACGUCACUUUGCCGCUACAUCGGAUUUUAACAGACAUCCUGGAAGUUCGGCAGAAGCCCAUCCUGAUGACCUAGCUGUGUGCAGAGCCUGCGCAGAGCCCCCCAGCCCUGCCCGGCCCUGGGGGUGCCGCCAAGUGCCUACCUGUCCACCGCCACCGGGGUCUUCUGUGACAGCCCAGCGCCGGAGCCGGAGCCAGGCGGGGCCGCUCGCCUCCUGGGGCCAGGGCCGACUCCACGAACACCAGCCCAAACUGAAGUGCCUCUUUCUCCCCCCGCCGGCUCGGCUCCUGCACCCCCGUGCCCGCCCGCCCACCCCCCUCCACCCCCGGCCCAUCUCUGCAGCGCCCUCUGCACCCCGAGAGGCCCAGAGAUGCCAAGAGGCUGUGAGAGAGCAGAGGAGCGGCCGGCGGCCGGAGCGUGUCCGGACCGACCGAC